AUGUCGCCUGCUCCAAAAGCCAUCACCGCACCCCCUUCACCCUUUCUGCAAGUCGCGACGCCUCCUGACAGCCCUCCUCGGUUGUCACCUCUGUGGAACGCAGAUGGAGACGAUCGAAAGCAAGUGCUUGUCGAUGCAAUUAAACAGGUACUGACUGACGAAACGUCUGCUCCCCUACCCUUCAAUACAAAUCCACUGGGACGACUUUUGGAGACUAUUCCGGGCUCUACUCAUCGCUCUUCCACCGUUGUGCCGCCUAAUACCCCACGGACUGCCCCUCUGGGGAGUAUGGCAACGGACGAAGCAAAAGAGCCUAUUGGCCUGAUGGCCCCUUCCCCUAUCGACCCAAGUGCGUAUGCAGACUGGACCAGCGCAGCCACAAACCAUCAUCUCCCAGACAGCACCCAAACCAAGCCCAUUCCAGGCAGUGCCCCUUCUGAGCCAGUGACGAUGGAUCACUUGAAAGAGUUGUUUAUGGCCUUGCUUGAAAGGAAGCUCCAACCACCUGCACCAUCAGUGCUUGCCCCGGAGGAUGCCGAGGAUGCAGCUGCUCAAGCCGCAGCUGAGGGACCUGGAGCCAGAUUCAAACGAAUCAUGGAAAUUUGGGAUAAAGGGACAGCCAGGUACAAGAUCGUGGACUCAAUCGAGCCCGAAGUGGAUGACAUGGACCAAUACGUGUUCGUCGUUCGCGAACACAUCGAUGAAAGAUCCAGAAAAUCGACAGUGUACAUUGAUGUGAAGUCCGAGAUCCUGCGCGACACCCUGCGCGAGGUGUUAGGCGGCGUAAAGGCGAUAAGCCUAAUGGAAAGCAAGCCAAUAAUUGAGCAAACUAUUUUGUUCCAUUUCCUGCCAGAGCUCAAUGCAAAGCUCAAGAGUUUGGCAUCCGCUGAGGGUGUUUUCGAUUCUACAAUCCCAGUUGCCCCUUCUCCGAAUGACCCAGACGCGUACGCGGUUUGGACGGGUAUGGAAGAGCCACGAUGUUCCCUUGGCAAGAGUCAUCUUGGGCACUCUGGCCAUCUGGGUCUGCUUGUUGACCACAUCAGUGAAACCUACACUGCAACCGUCCAGCGCCUUGAACCACUUCUUCAAGGGGGAAACAUCACUUAUGAUCUCCUGGAUAUGUUGUUCAAGCCAGGAUGUUACGUCUAUACCACAUGCUUGGGUACUGGAAAACCACGGUGUGUGAUUUUUGACGCUGGCGUGGAAUUGACAACGCGGGGCGUCACGUACUUCAAGCUGGAAUGCCACUAUCUGGACUACGACGGACAUGUAUUCGGUGAGGUAGGGAUUGAGUUGGCGAUCGUCAAGUAUCGAGGAUCGAAGCCGAUACACUCCCUCGAAGCCUUUCCAUUGAUCUACCAUCCAGACCGCGACCAGGUCUGGCAGGAUCUAGUGACAUGUGGGCGCGAGUUUCAUGAGCUCAUUCGUCGCAGUCAAGGGGGCGCUGUGGCUCCCAUUAGGUAUUGUAGAGGCAGGGCCUUCAUCAUGAGAAACAACAAAGCGAUUGCGAUGAACAUUGACAGUCGAGUUGCGGUUGAUGCCGCGUUCUUUCACGAGAUGGAGCCGAACUAUCAUCGACCACGGAUUUCUGACACCUGGAAUGACAAUUCCACGAUCCGAUUAAUCUCAAUCGAUGCAGAGGAACACCAAGCAGCACUCGAGAGUGUUAAGAGCACCGGCAAAGAGAUGGGUUCAAUGGUGGAUGGAGACUGCGUGAUCUGUUGCCCCACUGUUCGUUGCUUCAGUUUCAACGACAAGUUGUUCCUGGAGUGCGCGGUCAGUGAUUUGCGCAGUGUGGAGUGGUCGCGAGUCGCGUUCGAUCGCCUGCAACUGCCAGAAGACAAACGCCACAUCCUUUUGUCAGUAAUAACAUCUCGCCUGUACAGCAACAGCGAAGUGGUUUUUGAUGACUUCAUCAAAGGCAAAGGACGUGGUCUGAAUGUCCUACUUUACGGAGUGCCGGGGGUCGGAAAGACAUUCACUGUCGAGGCAACGGCCGAAUAUUUCCAAGUCCCUCUCUAUUCGGUUUCUGCCGGCGAGUUGAUCGCUGAUCAUGGUGAUCCCCUUCAAUUGGACAUGGUGCUUGAUCGAAUCUUUCACAUCGCGAAGCACUUCAAUGCAAUCAUUCUAAUAGACGAAGCGGAUGUGUUCAUGGAGAACCGUGCAUCCUACCAUAGUAAUCACAACCGUUUGGUGACCAUCUUCCUGCGGAAGCUCGAAUACUACGGAGGCCUCCUCUUUCUCACCACCAACCGCGUGAUGGAAUUUGAUGAAGCUGUUCUGAGCCGUAUUCAUCUAAAGAUCAAAUACGCUGACUUGACCAAGGAUGCGCGACGGGGAAUUUUGACAAGCUUCCUUGCUGACGCUCGUACUGCGCAAGGCCCUCCUGUCGUCGAACCCAGCGAGCUCGAUCGCCUGGCAUCCACGAGGCUGAACGGCCGCGAUGUUAAAAAUCUUGUUUCUAUCGCGCAAGCCUUGGCUGCGGUCGAUAAGUCACCAGUGACGUAUCAUUACUUAGAAAACGCAGCAAAGGCGAACGAUAAGUUUGACGAGGAGUUCAGCAGCAAUGGCCUGAUGGAUACUUUAUAUACGUAG